AUGGCCCUAGCAUAUCCGAACCCUUCUUCCUCGUGUACCUCCGAUGACAUUGAACUUCCACGGCAUGAUGGGCCCUUCGAGCCGCGUGCCCUGCAGGACGAGGAACAAAUCGAUCCGUGGGAGGAAGGCUUAGAAACUUUUCAUAUGUUCGCCCUGACUGUCAACAAGAUGAUUGGUAAUGGCAUUUACACAGCUCCGACUGCUUUCUACCUUAUGACAGGUAGCAAGAGUCUUACACUGGUCUUGUUUUGUGUUGGCGUUCUGUAUUGCUUGAUGGCCGGUUCUGCAUAUGACGGAGGUGAACUCGUCUACCUCGAUGAAAUCACGGCACACGUCACCCCUACUUCCACCGAUACGUCAGUCGUUCCGGUGCCUCAAGAGCACAACGAGGGGCUCAAUGAAGCUUAUGGGCGAUGGCCUGUUAGCGAAGCUCUUCAGCUUCAAGGAGAUAACAAAGGGGCUCAAAACUCAUGGGCCCGUCUUUAUGAGGCUGUCAUGAUCGUAACAAUUCUUUUCUACACACUCCUGAAUCUCGUUAUCCUCAUCAUCAACACCAUACCCGAAUAUGUUAGUUCAGACGGUACUGAGCAUGUGUUCCCGGGGUAUGGCUUUCCUGUCAUUGUGGCUUCCGUGAUAAUCAUCGGGACCGCAUAUUACGUGUUAUUCUUCGGUGCCGCUUAUCGCUACUACGAGCCCUUGCCAGCCAGUUCAGCAAUUAAGAGCGACUAG